CAGCGGUUUAGUUUUAUCACUGUUAUGCUAUAAAAGGAGACGAGGCAAUAUGAAAUCUGACAAACAUAGCACGAUAGAUAAAGUGAGAGUUAAUAAGAAUAAUAAAAUGUAAGCGGGAUAGGAAAUUAUUGCAAACAAAAAACACGGAUUCUGGGAUUUUGCAAACUUAAGAAGCAUUUAUUUUGCAGUGAAAGAUACAAUUUUAUUAAACAGGAUUACAUGUUCUUAAACUGGAAAGUGAUAAAAAUAAGUCACGUGACACAUUGAGAUUUAACAAUCAAUGCUGAGAUAUGAUAACAGACAUCACAGUGUGACAGAGGAAGUUGUUACAACAGAUGGCAUCGAGAAUAUUGACACAGUGCGUCAAUAGAUAUGCCCCAAGCCUUUAAUAUUGACGUGCCAAUACUUCCAGUAAAUUGUUAUUUUCUCAGCGUUAUGAAUGCUAAGAUAUUAAGAAUGUUAUAGGCAAUGUUCGAUCACCCGUCGGGUGACUCUUGUGUGUGACAAAACAUUAGUAGAAACAAAAAAAUAUUUAUUUGGAUUUACACCAUUGCCAUUCAUACGAUUUUUCCAAGUGUUGCAUAAAAGCGCUUUGAUGUGUGUUAUUUGUUCAGAGUAAAGCAAUUUUUUGGUGUCUCAAAAUUUCGAAGGAACGUAUAAAAAGUUAUAUUCUAAAUAUACAUUGUAAAAGAGAGUAAAAUCAAAUGAUCAAAAAUAUUCAACCUACCAGUUUUAAUUUUUCGACUUCGUAAACAAGAUAUUUUUUCUGUUCGUUUUUGGAAUAUCAUAACAACACAAAAUGGGAGAUUAUUCAACAGUGCAAGAAGGUGCCGCUCCUCAAACCGAGGUUGCAUCAAGUGGUGUGAUUCUCGGAUCCGGAGACGCGUCUCCGUCAACCGACGAGAAAAUUUCGUUCUGGAAAUUAUUCAAGAAGCACAAACUUUCUGUGCUGGUAGAUUGUCUAGUGUUUGGAAUAUUUGGAAUGGGCGUUGCAUUUUUAGGACCAACCCUUUUUGAUCUGGGAUGCCAGACAAAUUCAGAUUUGAAACAAAUGAACUGGGUGUUUUUCGUACAGCUUCUGAUGACUAUGAUCGGAUCUAUAUCCGCCGGAUAUUUGACCGGAAGGUUUGUUCCGGCGCAUAUCUUGCUCUGUAUCGGUAUGACCGGAUUACCAAUCACGAUGUUUCUAAUACCGGCGUGUAGAGUGCUGGCCGAACUACUUAUUAAUCUGAUGGUGAUGGGGUGGUUCAUGGGAUGUGUCGAUUGUGUCGCUAAUCUGAGAAUGAUUCUACGGUUUGAUACCAAUGUCACACCAUUCUUGCAGGCAAUGCACUUUUUCUACGGACUUGGUGCAUUUAUUAGUCCGAUGAUUGCCUCCCCUUUCCUACUGAACAUUGACUGUAGCCCAUUUAUAGACGGGUACACGAUUACUCCGCCAGAACAUAGUGCAGGGAACCAGUCUGUCACUAUAAAUCCACAGCCAAAAGUUGUAAACCGGGCUAUGCAUCUGUCCCAUUCGAAAGAGGCUUUCUUCAUACUCGGCUCCAUACAGAUUGUGAUAACGUUUAUUGUAUAUAUAGUGGUAUGGCUAGAGAAGAAAUGGGGAAUAUUGUACAGUCCCACGUCUUCCCCGUCUGUACAUCACGCAGGGUUUCCCGGGCAAACAGCCGAUGGUUCCGACUUUACAGAGUACUCUGGUUCCCGAUCUUUCACGCGCUACUUCCGGUGUGGGUCAAAAGAUAUAGUCAUAAUUACUGCACUAACAUCUGCCUCGCUUUUUAUGUACGACGGUAUACAAUCUUCAUACGCCGAUUAUAUAUAUUCCUACGCGGAGAAAAAUGUAGAUGACCUUGAAAGAAGCGAAGGUGCUGUUUUAAAUUCGUGCUUCUGGGGACCAUUUGCUCUCGGUAGAUUGAUAGCAGUUAUAUUAUCAACGCGUCUGUCUGCUGCCUUUAUGCUGUCAUGUAAUCUAGGCGGAUGUUCAAUCGCGCUUUUACUUACUUUAAUAUUUAAAACCAGUCGUGUAGCAGUCUAUAUUGGCACAUGCGCACUUGGUCUUUUCCUGUCUAGUAUGUCACCUACAGCAAUGGCGCUUACAGAACAAUUUAUCUCGAUAAAUGCUCCGAUCACGUCGUGUAUGGUUGUUUUUGCUGCUUUGGGAGAGACCAUAUGUCCAGUUAUAGUUGGAAAUCUAUUUGUAACGGCUGGGCCUGUAAGUUUUCUAGCGUUCUGUUUCACGGUGGUUAUCAUAGGUGUAGCUGUGUACGUGUUGUUGAUGGUUGUAGGGCGAAAUUCAACCAAAUAUAGAGAGACAUCAGGUGUUUCCUUCGUUUGGCUGACAAAACCGCCGCCAAGAUUUGGUGAAAAUAGUGAAAUAAAUAACACAAAUGUUAAAUACUAUUCAAAUCAGGACCAAGAAAAUAAUCCGGAAAUGACGUCAAAAAGCAAUGAAGACGCACCAGGUAAACCAAUCGGAAAUGGCUACUCGGAUGGUCGAUGACAACAUUUCUUUUCCAGAUUAGAAAUAUAUAUCUAUAAUAUAUGUUAAUAGUAAUUUGUAUUUGUCGAUUCAAGUGCUUUGUUCCGUCAGUCAUGCAUGUCACAAGAAUAUAUUUAUAUUGGGUUGAAAGAGGUAAGCAACUGUCUCAAUUCUUCAAUAUAUCAGAUAUACCAUCAUCAAACAUAAACAUGACGCGAACUAAAGUUAAGUUGUACAUUAUUAAUAAGUAAGCAAUAUCUUUGCCAUCGCUUCAUAAAUAGUAAGAUGGAAGAAAAUAUGGCUAAAGACUCACUUUCAAAACUCUCUAACUGCAUGACUGGUGCGAUGUCCAGGUCCAUAUUCGAUAGCAUAAUGCUAUAUUUUGAAAAUAAGAAUACAAAUGGACACUAAUUAAAUAUGAAAUGCAUACAUGAAAAAGUUAAUUACAAAUCAUUUGUCGAUUAAUGAAUACUUUAAACGAGUUUAUAUGAAAAAACUGUCAUGUAACGUAUUUAAAUCAAACCUAACAAUUUAACAAAUUUUACUUAUUUCUGAACAUAAGCGAGUAAGUCUAAAUUAUAUCAGAUUACAAGUAUAUUCAUUUUGCUCUAUAAUCAUUUUAAAAUCCUAUUCAAGUCUAAUGUCAUUGAACAAAAGGUUUGGUUUUCACGUUCAGUUAACGCAUCAAAUUAUGGUUUGGCCUAAACACAUUUUGGUCUACAAUACAUAUAUAGGCAAAAUAAAUUAAUGUGACAAAACAGUAAAAAGUAAAAAACAUUCCAUCGACCAAUUCCUGUACUGUAUUUGCAAAUCAACUUUUAAUAUAAGUCAUUUAAUACAUGUUAUUUUUUGUAUAUUGAUUUUGACCAUACCACAAUUCCGUAAAACGAUAUCAAAUGUUAAAAUCAAUGUAUUCUUACGAUUGUGAUACAUGUACAUGUA